GGUGUGACUCACCUCCUGCCAGUGUAAAGUGAACUCUGCCCUGGGGACAGGAGCAACCCAGGCAGGGCCUCUUCAGCCCCAACUUGGGAUCCCUGUUCAGUGUGACAGAGCCAGUGACAGAGAAACAUGGAAUCCAAAACACUCCAGCUGAGGAGGAUGGAAUAUGCCAUGAAGUCCCUCAGCCUUCUCCACCCCAAGUCCCUGUCCAGGCAUGUGGCAGUGAGCACUUCAGUGGUGACCCAGCAGCUGCUGUCUGAGCCCAGCCUGGAGGCCCCCAGGGCCCGGCCCUGCCGAGUAAGCACAGCAGAUCGGAGAGUGCGCAAGGGCAUCACGGCACACAGCCUUAAGGACCUGCUCCACAAGGUUCGGGAUGUCUUGAUGCUGGCAAACAAACCCUUCUCCCUGGUGCUGGAGAAAGAUGGCACAAUUGUAGAGACAGAAGAGUAUUUCCAAGCCCUGGCAGAUGAUACGGUGUUCAUGGUCCUCCAAAAGGGGGAGAAAUGGCAGCCUCCAUCAAAACAGGGGCUUAGGUACCAACUUUCCCAUAAGCCCACCAAGAAGAUUGAUGUGGCCCGCAUAACCUUUGACCUGUACAAGCUGAACCCACAGGACUUCAUUGGCUGCCUGAAUGUGAAGGCAACACUCUAUAAUACAUACUCCCUUUCCUAUGAUCUGCACUGCUACAAAGCCAAGAGCAUGGUGAAGGAAAUGAUUCGCUGGGUCCUCUUCAGCAUGCAGGCCACAGGCCACAUGCUGCUGGGCACCUCCUGCUACCUGCAGCAGUUCCUGGAUGCUACAGAGGAAGAAGGGCAGCCCUCCAAGGCCAAGGCCUCAUCCCUCAUUCCGGGUUGUCUGAAGAUACUGCAGUGAAAGCCCAGAUCUCAAGGUCUUCCACCAGCCCAGGACGAGACUGGGGACCCUGUGCUCAGCUGGUAGCACCCACAAGCCUGGCAGCUAGAGAGCUUCUUACCUCCCCCAUACUUCCCUCACUGCAGAAGACCAUGAAUAAGGAAGCAGAGGAAGGACUGGGACCCUGGGGUGGGCUGGUCAAAGGAGAACUUUGGGUUCCUGGCCUGACCCAGCUCCUUCCUUCCCCAGGUAGCUUAGCUGACCUAAGACUGGUCACCCUCAGUCUGUCCCUCAAAAAUCUGUCUCCACAUGCUGCACUUUAUGCCACUCCCUCCCCCUUGCCUUCCCACCCUACUCCUGAGUGAAUCGUCAAGCCCACUAAUGUAUGAGAGUAGAGAGUUCACAAUAAACUAUUUAUACAAAUA